AUGCGACUCUCCGGGGCGGGCCGCGCGGGGCUCCUGGUGCUGCUAGCCGCGCACUUCCAGGCGAGUCUAGAGCUGGAGGAGAAGAAAGUUUGCCAAGGGACAAGUAACAAGCUCACCCAGUUGGGCACUUUUGAAGACCACUUUCUGAGCCUCCAGAGGAUGUUCAACAACUGUGAGGUGGUCCUUGGGAAUUUGGAAAUUACCUACAUGCAGAGUAGUUACAACCUUUCUUUUCUCAAGACCAUCCAGGAGGUUGCUGGCUAUGUACUCAUUGCCCUCAACACAGUGGAGAAGAUUCCGCUGGAAAACCUGCAGAUCAUCCGAGGAAAUGUGCUUUAUGAAAACACCCAUGCCUUAGCGGUCUUAUCCAACUAUGGAGCAAACAAAACCGGACUGAGGGAGCUGCCCUUGAGAAACUUACAGGAAAUUCUGCAAGGUGCCGUGCGAUUCAGCAACAACCCUGUCCUCUGCAACGUGGAGACCAUCCAGUGGCGGGACAUCGUCAACCCUGACUUUCUAAGCAACAUGACAGGGGACUUUCAGAACCAGCUGAGCAACUGCCCGAAGUGUGAUCCAGUCUGUCUCAAUGGAAGCUGCUGGGGUGCUGGGAAGGAGAACUGCCAGAAAUUGACCAAAAUCAUCUGUGCCCAGCAGUGUUCCGGGCGCUGCCGUGGCAGGUCCCCCAGCGACUGCUGUCACAACCAGUGCGCCGCUGGCUGCACGGGGCCACGGGAGAGUGACUGCCUGGUCUGCCGCAGGUUCCGUGAUGAAGCCACCUGCAAGGACACGUGUCCGCCACUCAUGCUCUAUGACCCUACCACCUACGAGAUGAAGGUCAACCCGCUGGGGAAGUACAGCUUUGGCGCCACCUGUGUCAAGAAGUGUCCCCGUAACUAUGUGGUGACAGACCACGGCUCAUGCGUCCGCGCCUGCAGUUCUGACAGCCAGGAGGUAGAAGAGGACGGUGUCCGCAAGUGUAAAAAGUGUGACGGGCCUUGUGGCAAAGUUUGUAACGGAAUAGGAAUCGGUGAGUUUAAAGGCACACUUUCCAUAAAUGCUACAAACAUUAAACACUACAGAAACUGCACAUCCAUCAGUGGAGAUCUUCAUAUCCUGCCAGUAGCAUUUAAGGGUGACUCCUUCACACAUACUGCUCCUCUGGACCCGAAAGAGCUGGACAUUCUAAAAACUGUAAAAGAAAUUACAGGGUUUUUGCUGAUUCAGGCCUGGCCCGAAAACAGGACUGACCUCGAUGCUUUUGAGAACCUGGAAAUCAUACGUGGCAGAACGAAGCAGCAUGGCCAGUUUUCUCUUGCGGUCGUCGGCCUGAGUAUAACAUCCUUGGGAUUACGCUCCCUCAAGGAGAUAAGUGAUGGUGAUGUGAUAAUUUCAGGAAAUCAAAACUUGUGCUAUGCAGAUACAAUACGCUGGAAAAAACUUUUGGGGACCUCAACUCAGAAUGCCAAAAUUUCAAAAAACAGGAGUCGACAAGAGUGCAGCGCCACAGGCCACAUCUGUCACCCGCUGUGCUCAUCAGAGGGCUGCUGGGGACCUGGACCCAAAUACUGCUUGUCCUGUCAGAACUUCAGUCGUGGCAAGGAGUGUGUGGAAAAGUGCAACAUUCUAGAGGGAGAGCCCAGGGAGUUCGUGGAGAAUUCCGAGUGUGUGCAGUGCCAUCCAGAAUGCCUGCCCCAGGCCAUGAACGUGACCUGCACUGGACGCGGACCAGGCAACUGUGUAAAGUGUGCCCACUACAUUGAUGGCCCUCACUGCGUCAAGACCUGCCCUGCUGGAGUCGCGGGAGAGAACGGCACCCUGAUCUGGAAAUUUGCAGAUGCCAGUCACGUGUGUCACCUGUGCCACCCCAACUGCACCUAUGGCUGUACGGGGCCAGGUCUCACAGGCUGUGCGGCAGAUGGGCCCAAGAUCCCGUCCAUCGCCACGGGCAUCGUGGGCGGCCUGCUGCUCGUGCUCUUGCUGGCCUUGAGCGUCGGCCUCUUCAUGCGCAGGCGCCACAUCGUGCGCAAGCGCACACUGCGCCGGCUGCUGCAGGAGCGAGAGCUCGUGGAGCCUCUGACUCCCAGCGGAGAAGCUCCCAACCAAGCUCUCUUGAGGAUCUUAAAGGAAACAGAAUUCAAAAAGAUCAAGGUGUUGGGCUCAGGAGCAUUCGGCACCGUGUACAAGGGACUCUGGAUCCCAGAAGGCGAGAAGGUUAAAAUUCCUGUAGCUAUCAAGGAGUUAAGAGAAGCCACAUCUCCAAAAGCCAACAAGGAAAUUCUUGAUGAGGCCUAUGUGAUGGCCAGCGUGGACAACCCACAUGUGUGCCGCCUCCUGGGUAUCUGCCUGACCUCCACAGUGCAGCUCAUCACACAGCUCAUGCCCUUUGGCUGCCUUCUGGACUAUGUCCGCGAGCACAAGGACAACAUCGGCUCCCAGUGCCUGCUCAACUGGUGUGUGCAGAUCGCAAAGGGUAUGAAUUACCUGGAAGACCGGCGCUUGGUGCACAGGGACCUGGCAGCCAGGAACGUGCUGGUGAAGACGCCGCAGCAUGUGAAGAUCACAGACUUUGGGCUGGCCAAGCUGCUGGGUGCCGAGGAGAAAGAGUAUCACGCAGAAGGAGGCAAGGUCCCUAUCAAAUGGAUGGCUUUGGAAUCAAUUUUACACCGAAUUUAUACCCAUCAGAGUGAUGUCUGGAGCUACGGAGUCACUGUUUGGGAGUUGAUGACCUUUGGAUCCAAGCCUUACGAUGGAAUCCCUGCAAGUGAGAUCUCAACUGUCCUGGAGAAAGGAGAGCGCCUCCCGCAGCCACCCAUCUGCACCAUCGACGUCUACAUGAUCAUGGUCAAGUGCUGGAUGAUAGAUGCAGACAGUCGCCCAAAGUUCCGUGAGUUGAUCCUUGAAUUCUCCAAGAUGGCCCGAGACCCCCAGCGCUACCUUGUCAUCCAGGGGGAUGAGAGAAUGCAUUUGCCAAGCCCUACGGACUCCAACUUUUACCGCGCCCUGAUGGAUGAGGAGGACAUGGAGGACGUUGUGGAUGCUGAGGAGUACCUCAUCCCCCAGCAGGGCUUCUUCCACAGCCCCGCCACCUCCCGGACACCCCUCCUCAGCUCCCUGAGCGCCUCCAGCAACACUCCCACUGUGACUUGCGUUGAUAGAAAUGGGAGCUACCCUCUCAAGGAAGAUAGCUUCCUGCAACGCUACAGCUCAGACCCCACUGGUGCCCUCACGGAGGACAGCAUGGAAGACGCUUUCCUCCCGGCACCCGAAUAUGUAAACCAGUCUGUUCCCAAAAGACCCGCAGGCUCUGUCCAGAACCCUGUCUAUCACAAUCAGCCUCUAUAUCCAGCUCCUGGCAGAGACCCUCAGUACCAAAAUUCACGCAGCAACGCCGUGGACAACCCUGAGUAUCUCAACACCACCCACCCUGCCUAUGUCAGUGGUGUGCUCGACGGCCCUGCCCUCUGGGCUCAGAAGGGCAGUUACCAAAUUAGCCUAGACAACCCUGACUACCAGCAGGCCUUCUUCCCCAAGGAAGCCAAGUCGAAUGGCAUCUUUAAGGGGCCUGCAGCUGAAAAUGCAGAAUACCUGCGGGCAGCACCAGCAGGCAGUGACUUUACUGGGGCCUGA